AUGGGGUUUGGCCAUAAAUGGAGAUCGUGGGUUAUGGAGUGUGUCUCCACAGCGUCUAUGUCGGUUCUGAUAAAUGGGUCACCUUCCAAGCCAUUCAAGAUGGAAAGAGGUCUGAGACAAGGUGACCCGCUUUCUCCGUUCUUAUUUGUACUGGUUGUGGAUGUUUUACAUCGGUUGGUGGGAGAGGCAGUCAGGAGUGGGCGGAUAUCACCUUUGUUGAUCGAGGAGGACACUAUCAAGAAUUACAAGCGGCUAUUGAGAUGCUUUGAGUUGAUGUCAGGUCUCAGUAUUAAUUUUGACAAGUCGAGCUUGAUUCCGAUAAACUGUGAAGAACAAUGGAUCCAGAAUAUGUGCCAGUUGCUGGGGUGUAAAGUCUUAAAUAGUUUGCCUGUGUACUAUUUGAGUUUGUUCAAGCUGCUGAAAGCUGUUGCUGAGAAAUUGAUUUCACCGCAAAGGAGGUUCUUGUGGAGUAAGGAUGAUGGUAGUAAUGGAAUGGCAUUAGUCAAAUGGGAAGUGGUGCAGGCCCCGAAAAAACUAGGCGGGUUGGGAGUUGGGGAUGCUAUGGUUCGUAACACCGCUAUGUUGUUUAAGUGGUGGUGGAGGUUUGCUAACGUUGAGUUUGUUGCUAGAGGGUUUAUGACCGGAAGUACUAUACUUCAUUAUGGACAGUCUACAAUAAAGGCAUCUGGAACUAUUGUGGCAAUGUCCUCCCGGAUGUUGCUUCUUGAUACUAGCGAGGAUAUGAUUAAUGAUGGAUAA